AUGAACAACAACACCCAUGACUACAACACCCACGACUACAACACCCAUGACUACAACACCCACGACUACAACACCCAUGACUACAACACCCAUGACUACAACACCCAUGACUACAACAACACCCAUGACUACAACACCAUGGCUACAACACCCACGAUUCACAACACCCAUGACUACAACACCCAUGACUACAACACCAUGACUACAACACCCAUGACUACAACACCCAUGACUACAACACCCAUGACUACAACACCCAUGGCUACAACACCCACGAUUACCACCCAUGACUACAACACCCAUGACUACAACACCCAUGACUACAACAUCCAUGACUACAACACCCACGACUACAACACCCAUGACUACAACACCCAUGACUACAACACCAUGGCUACAACACCCAGAUUACACAACACCCAUGACUACAACACCCAUGACUACAACACCCAUGACUACAACACCCAUGUAUGGUCGUCCGGCAUCUGUGUUUAA